AUGCAUUGGUUAAAUCCUAUGUUCCAUGACAAAACUCAACAGACUAUUCGAAGACCCCAUGAACUUAAACCCUACUUAUCUGAUCCUCCUCAAUAUGUUGAUAAAAAAUUACUAGAUCGUAUUCUAGGUUCUCUAGUCGGUCUAGCUCUAGGUGACGCUCUUGGUGCUCAUGUUGAAUUUAGACCUCAUCAAUACAUGAUUGACAACCCAGUGAAAGACCUACAAUCUGGAGGCACAUGGGGUCUUCAAAAAGGACAGUUCACUGACGAUACUUCUAUGGCGCUUUGUUUGGCUAUUUCAUUAAUCAUGCACUGCAAUUUUAAUCCAUACGAUCAAUUAGUUCGUUAUAAAUGGUGGUACAAAUAUGGGUAUAUGUCAUCAACAGGACAAUGCUUUGAUAUUGGAUCAUCAACUAGGCAAGCUUUAAAUGAGUUUGAACGUCGUCAACGGCAAUUUUCUCAGAAAAAUGAAAUCUCUUUGGAAGAUUUAGAUUUCCAUACUAACAAGCAGACUUUGAAAGAUUUCGAUGUAAAUUGUGGGAAAAAUGAAGCAGCUGGCAAUGGAGUUCUUAUGCGUCUCGCACCAGUACCACUCUUCUUCUGUCGAAAUCCGGAAAAAGCUGUAAAAUAUUCAGGUCGCAGUGCUAUAACAACUCAUGGCGAUCGAAAAGCUUAUGAUGCGUGCCGUUUUUAUGGUGCUCUAAUCGUAGCUGCUAUAGAAGGUAAAUCAAAACAAGAUUUAUUACAUCGUGAUUUCUACAAGAACCAUCAAGAAUGGUUUGGUACUUCACCGCUUCAUGAUGAUGUUAUAGAAAUUGCUAAAGGAUCUUACAAGAAAGAAAAUGGUUAUGCCGAUGGAAUUCGAGGAAAAGGUUAUGUGCUUGAGAGUUUAAAAGCUGCUUUGUGGGCCUUUUGGUCAGAUGACGAUUCGUUUGAAAAGGGUGUUUUGGCUGCUGUCAAUCUCGGUGAUGAUACUGAUACAACAGCGGCUAUUUACGGACAAUUAGCUGGUGCUUAUUAUGGUUACAAAGCAUUACCUCCUCGCUGGGUCGAACAUGUCUAUGCAAAGGACUUCAUUAUAUGUUUGAGUAACUGGAUUGCUUAUCGAGGUGAAAUAUGGUUCCAACAGGAAGCAUCAACUAUAAACACUUCUAAUCUACAAUCAAAACUGUAG